UAACGUUCUACGUCAUGAAUAAAUGUGUACACAAACACAUUGCACAUUAUGAAUGACGAACAGCAAGAGAAAACUCCACCCAAAGAUGAAAAGGGUGGUAAUGAUGAGAAACACGAAGAUGAAAUUCCAGUUCUAAAAGGAAUUAAGGAUAGUGUAAAAGAAGAUCCCUUAUCUGAACUGGAGGAUGAGUGGAGUGUACAUGAUGAAUCAUAUGACACAAUCAGUGGGGAGGAGACUGACACGGAGGAUAACGUGGACCCCUACCCUGUAAGACACAGGGAGGAGAACCCAGACCUCCCGGAAACCUGCAGCAUACUAGAAACUAAACAUGGCAGCAAAGUUUACCUUGUAGGGACAGCUCACUUCAGUGCUGAAAGUCUAAAUGAUGUCAGCAAAGUCAUACUAGCCACUCAGCCUGAUGUCGUAUCUGUGGAGCUUUGUAUGGACAGAAUUAAAAUACUCCAUCUAGAUGAAGACACGGUGCUGCGUGAAGCACAGGACAUGAAUUUUCAAAAAGUAAAAGCUUCCAUCAAUCAGAAUGGCGUUGUACAAGGAUUGUUCAAUCUGAUGCUGCUGAACAUGUCAGCUCGUUUAACCAAAGAACUGGGGAUGGCCCCAGGAGGGGAAUUCAGACGGGCCUACCAAGAGGCACAAAAGAUUCCCCGCUGUAAGCUACAUCUGGGUGACCGCCCCAUUCAGAUCACGCUACAAAGAGCUUUUUCACUACUCUCCGUCUGGCAGCUCAUAAAAUUCAUCUGGCAUGCAUGGAACUUUGAUGAACCUAUUAGUAAAGAAGAUGUAGAAAAAUUCAAAGGUAAAGAUAUGUUAGAGCAGCUACUUGCUGAGAUGACAACAGAGUUUCCGGGCCUUAGCCAGGUGGUCAUUGAGGAGCGGGACACUUUCUUAGCACACUCAUUAAAAAUGGCUGCUGAGCCAAUCAGAGCUCCAAGUGAACCCAAAGGUUACAUCCCCUCAGUGGUAGUGGGGGUGGUGGGAAUAGGUCAUGUAGGAGGAAUUAAAGCCAACUGGGAAACAGAAAAAUACGACAUCAACGAAAUAAUGAUAACUCCAGAGGUUUCCAAAUUCAGAAAGUUGAUGAAGUAUGUUUUCCGAUGCACAUUUUACGGUGCACUGUGUUACGGAUGUUACAAAGUUUACCGAGUUGCUCUGCCUCUGUUGACUUGACAAAUCAGAAUCCCAUAGGAAUACUCUCAAAAGACAUUUAUACCAUCAAGGAAGAUGAGACAACAGAAGCUAGCACUGAAUGGAAGGAAUUCCUCUUUUAUGAUAAAGGUUGUUUGCAUCAAUUGUUGAAAAUGUUCUGCUGAAUCUUACCCGGAUGCAUCUGUUAUUCCAUAUAUCCAUAUUUCCGAAUCAUUUAUUUAACCAUAUUUGGUAGACAUAUAUACAAUAUAUACAGGUAUAUAGUCAGGUAUAUAUGAAGGGCUACAUUUACAGUAUGUAUAUAAUUAUUUAUUACAGGUUGUUCCUGAUCAUGAAGCUUUUUAUCUGUCAGAAUAUAAUUCAUUUAAUAUAAUGAAUGGCAUAUUUCUAGUCAAUUUUGUAUCAUUUAAGCAUAUUAACUUUUAAACAUGUUAAAACUCUGGAUUUGAAGAUAUAUGAAAAGUGUAUUUUUUUUAUAUGUCAGUAGUCGGUGACUUGUUGUUUAGUCCUAGGGCUGUUAGAAUCUGUGGGUACCCUGUGGUAAUCAGUGCAAUCUCUCUGUUCGCAAAUUUGGUUUUUCUUUUGGGAGGGGCAGGGGAGUCAAAACCUUUGAAAUUGGUAUUAAGUUUUAUUAUUAAAGUUAUCUGCAACUAGAAAGGCAUGAUUAAUUGUUCAGAUGACUCACUCCAGUCAGGGGGAAUAUUACUGUACUCCAAAGCUAGCUGAGGCAUAAUGUAUUGACCAAGAAAAUGUCAAUAAUUGUAUGAUGUUAAGUUUCUACAACAGCAUGUUGGCGAGCAGCAUGAAUUUGUUUAAAGUUUCAUAAAAUAUGUAUUAUGUUUGGAUAAAGAGAUUCAGCCAUUGUCAAAGUUCAAGGACACUAUGACACUGAAACUGAAAAAAAAGAAAAAAUAUUCAUACUUUAUAUAUCAACUAACCAUUCAAGACACAGGGUGUCUAUAAUAAGUAAAAUAUCUGUAAUUACCAAGCAGAAGAUAUCUGUAAUAUGUUCCAUAUCUUUAAUCAUGUUGAUUACCACACAGAGCUACAUAUCCUUGAUCACCGCACACAUGGUAUUGGUAAUAAUUUUGAGAUCUUGACUUACGGUUACCACACAGGGUAUCCUUAAUGAUUUAAAUAUGUCUAAUUUCCACACAAAGGGUGUCUGAUGACUUAGAGAUUUUUUAUAACUACAGAGGUACACGUAUUUGUAAUAAUUUGAAAGACAUUCAUCUGGUUACAGACACUAAACUGUCCUAAUAAUUAUUCAUAUGAAGGACUUUGUGUGGUUUUUUUCAUUAAGUCAAAGUUUGGGGACAGUGGGCUAUCUUUGAGAUAUAAUGAUCAGUGCACUCCCCUUUGUUGAAUUUUGUGUGUGCUCUAGGAUGCUGUUUCUUGACACAUACUUGUAACUAUAAUGAUCAUGAUCAAAAGACAGUUCAGGAUGAUUUAAGUCUAGCAGGCAGGGUCAUACUGAAUACUUGAAUGGUAAGGUAAGGGAGGAAGUCUAGCAGGCAGGGUCAUACUGAAUACUUGAAUGGUUAGGUAAGGGAGGGAUAUGUUUCUCAUUGGAAUUGUUCUCUAGGGCCCCACCUAUAGGCUUGAGUGCCAUAGUGAUCAGCCUAAAUGUGCAUUGACGAUUUUCUGGACUUUUAAUUUUGGCUACCCCUCCAGCUAUUGAAUAAAAAAUUUACACAUGAACUUAUAUCAAUGGGCUACAGAUCAAGUUUGAAUUUGGGUUUUCACCUUUGUAGACCUGUUUUUAAAAGAGUUAUGUACCUUGAACUAAGCAUAUUUCAGGGAUUUAUCAGUUUUCUGGACUUUUUUUGGUUGUCUCUGCAGCUAUUGAAUUAAAAAUUUAUACAUGGACUUACAUCAGUGAGUUACAGAUCAAGUUUGAGUUUCCUGUAGAUAAUGCCACAAAGGAAGGCCCUUUUUGUGAUGCUAGCCAUCACAAUUAUAUCUAGCUUUUGUUUGAAUUCAUCUCUCGUAAUUUUUGGGACGUUAAACAAGAUACAAUCAAUAAUAAGUGAAAAUUCAGAUUGAAGUGGUUGGAACAUGUUUUACUGUUGAAAUGUUUAUUAGUGAUCUUAAAAUGUUAACCAUAUUUAAUCAGUUGGGUAUCGAUGUUUAGUUGAAUUACACAGCUUAGUUACAAUAGUACAGAUUCUAUACAUCUUGCAGUGCUACAUGAAGGAAUCUUCAUUUGUGGUUGCUUUUAUACACACAUACUUCAGUGGGCAUGGGGCUCUACUGGUCAGUUUUCUGUUUUAAGCAAUAUAAGAUGUUGACAUUAUCAUUAUGUACUAAUUUUAUUUGAAAUUGCGUUAGAAACAUGACAUAUUCUUGAAGUGAGUGUUAUGGUGUGGGAAUAAUUAUCCAUGUUUAACCUAUGCUUACAAAGUGAUGUCGCCAUAUCAGUAUAUGGAGAAAGGGGAUGCUGUUAUCUUUUCUAUUUAAUAUCGUAAAAACCUAAAUAUAAAGUUUGAUCAAGCUCA